UCUUUCCUCUUCAGCACACACAGGCACUCCUGGGCAGCGGAAGAUGGCGACUAGAGUGCUUCAUCGCCGUUUCAGCGGCCUUAAUGAGGCUAAAAACUGGACCAGGACCAAAGGACAGGUGGCCACCUUUAUCAGGGGCGCACCAGCGUCAAACAGGAAUCGUGAAGACAGCUGGUUCAAGUCCCUGUUCGUGCGCAAAGUGGACCCGAGAAAGGACGCCCACUCCCACCUGCUAGCCAAGAAAGAGGAGAGCAACCUCUAUAAAAUCCAGUUUCAUAACGUGAAGCCUGAAUGUCUGGAUGCCUACAACAAACUCUGUGAGGAUGUGCUGCCUUCUAUCCAUGCUGAUAAAUACUACCCCUGUGAACUGGUGGGAACGUGGAACACCUGGUAUGGAGAGCAGGACCAGGCUGUGCAUCUAUGGAGGUACAGGGGAGGGUACCCGGCCCUGACCGAAGUCAUGAAUAAGCUGAAAAAUAAUAAGGAAUUUAUGGAGUACAGAAAGGAACGGGGCAAGAUGCUGCUCUCUCGGCGCAAUCAGCUUCUGCUGGAGUUUAGCUUCUGGAAUGAGCCGCUUCCACGACAAGGACCAAACGUCUAUGAACUGAGAUCGUACCAGUUAAGACCAGGGACGAUGAUCGAGUGGGGUAAUUACUGGGCUCGUGCUAUUCGCUAUCGGCAGCAUAAUCGUGAGGCGGUCGGAGGAUUUUUUUCUCAGAUAGGGAAACUCUACAUGGUCCAUCACCUCUGGGCAUAUAAAGACCUGAAAUCAAGAGAGAGCACUAGAAACGCAGCCUGGCAGCACGAGGGCUGGAAUGAAGUGGUCUACUACACAGUGCCCCUUAUUCAGCACAUGGACUCCAGGAUAAUGAUUCCAAUGAAGACUUCACCAUUGCAGUAAAACAGUUUCCCAAGAAGCUGAAGACAGGAACAGCUGCGACAUUGGAUAACCCUCACUGCCGUGUUUGUGAUUCCGUAAAACCUUCUUGCUCCGUAAAAACCACAUAGAAAAAUCGCACCAGUAAACCAAAAAGAAGUUGUCGUAGGUCCUAAAACUUUGUGAGGAAGUUUUGCUUCUCAAAUAGCAAGAAUGCUUUAAUUCUACGUUUCAUUGGGUACCAUAAUUAAGCCUGACAAGAGGCUCAUGAUCGGCAGCUCACACAUUAGUGGGUCACAACCCUCUUAAUGAACGGUCUCAUUCAUACAACCCAACUGAGGGAAACGUACCAGAAGCUCUUUAACAAUUAUAGUAAAUUGAAGACACAGCGGUGCUUAUUAUCUUCUGUAAAGUUUCCAGAUCUUCAUCAUCUACUUAUUACUGUUGGACAGAAGUUGUGAAAAGCUGUUCUUUGGUGAAAAGAGCUGGACUUUGCACAGUACUGUAAAAGCACUUUAAAUGUGCUUGAUGUUAACAGUGGGUUAUUUUAUUUAUUGAUGUGUUUAUUUCAUAUUUAUUUACCUUACAUAUAAAAUAUAUCUCUAAACUCCUUAUUCUUUCCAUCAAGUAGGACGACAGCGUAUGCGGAUGUGUAAUACAGUUAGAAAUAUCCGCUUGUGUAUCUCAAACUCUGCACAAAUAUGACGUACUUUAUGUCAGGCAGCUACGCCUGCGGAUGUCUGGAAAACAAACCAGGAUGUACCGAUUUUUCAUGUGUGUUAUUGUCCUGUACAGUUAAGGUGUUAUUUAUUCAUCUGUUUGGCUAUUGUUCAGGGGUCUGUCUCACUUCCUGACAAACGCAACUAGGAGAAUUGAAGCAAUCUUUCAGAAUUCAGUCGUUGAGGUGUAAACAGAGUAAUUCAGAGUGGUUUGGUGUGAAAUAGUUGAUUGGAGAGACUCAGAUUUAUUUACAGUGGCGCUGAUAGGAACCAGGGGUCAUUAUGAAUACAGCAAGCCUACAAAUAGCCUAGCUUUGGUGUUCACUGGUGAAUCGGAAGGUUCAAAAGUCAUGUCUGCAGUACAAAACAUAUUUACAAGUGUUGGGCCACUUGUAGGUAACCAUCAAAAAAAAAGGUCCUUCUUCCCAUGAGAAGGUGCUGGUUCGAAUCCCAUCCAAGCAGCCACUGCAAAAACAAGUGGGUGAUAUCGCUACCCUGCAUCCAGCAGACUGGGGUUCGAUUCCCAGCUCAGGCAGGCAACACCAUGUAAUGCCAGUGGGAGUCCUUGGGAACGACUCCUAUCCAAAACCAAGAGUGAACUUGCACAUCUGAGUUUUAUUUGGAAUGUUGAUUACAGUAAAAUAGUGGAAAAUCUGGGGAAAAAAGUUUUCAGCCAUGGACAGAGAUUAAGAAAUACAUUUUAGGUCCAAAUCUUCUCAAAACUAUUGUGAAACAAUUUCUCGGAUAUCAGGCAGUGAAUUCAUAAUGUGAGGGAUCUUUUAGAGGUGGACGUUUGGUUCCUAUCACCACCACUGUGAACAAUUCUGACUCAGUUUCUCAGAGCGUUUCACACCAAACCGCUCUGUUUACAUCUUAAUUAUAAUGUAAUUAUGAACCUGACAAAUCGGUGGAAUUCCCCUUCGGAACAGGUUAGAGGUGUAGUGUUAAGUUGCCAUGGUGAUGCCUGGUAAAAAUGACCUGAAAAGUGAGGCAGACCCCCAAUUCUGACCUUUUUUCCCCAGAAUGAUUUUCAGUGUUUACACUUUUUGUGGCAUGAAACUUUUAUUUUUAAAUGCUAAAAGACAAACCAGUACCAGCUGUGAUAUACGGUGAUCCAAUAAACUAUUACAUGAUGCA